CGUAAGCAGUGCCACAUCAGCAAUGCCACGUCAGACACAGUGCCACGUCAGCAACAUGACGGGCCUGCCAGGCCAACUGGUCAAUGAGCCCAUUGCCGACUACAAAAAGCGCUUCCAGGCUCAGUUUGCUGUAAUCGAGGCUGAGGAACAACGCCAGCCUGCAGCCAAGGCUGCCCAGCUACAGGCUGACGAAACGGCAGCAGCAGAGAAGCUCCGGCUACAGGCCGAAGUAGACGCAGAGGCCCAGGCUCGCCGCAAGGAAGCCCAGGAUCUGCUGCAGCGGCAUGAAGCAGCCAUCGUUGACAUACUCAAAUUCUGGUACUUUGAACCCAACGGCGACGACGCGACACCGGAAGAGCAGCAUAAGGAGUUUCUCUCCAAACUCGUGACAUGGCUGUUGUACACUUGCAACUACCAACAGUCCGAGUUGGAAAAACAGUACCAGGACCGAACGCAACAGCAUCAGGAGUUGGCGAAGCUCCGCCGCACAGUGCAGAGCCAGGAGGAUGCAACUUGGGCACUCAAUGCCCGAAUGCUGGACCUGGAACAAGCUGUACCAGGACCAGCUGCUGGGUCUUCCAGCAGUGCAACCUCUAGCCGCCAACUGGAGGAACGCGUUGACCACGUAGUGGAAAUGCUCGGCGACAUCAGCACCUUCGCUGCGCCCACCACCAUCAUCGAGCAGCUGCAGUCGACGAACGAGGAUGACAAUCCGAAGAUGUACAAGAUGCCAACUUUCCAACUGGACAAGUUCGACGACUACACACAGCAGGAUCCGGUCCUCUGGUGGGAAGCAUUCACAACGCAACUCAAGAUUCUGCCCAUCACCAAGCACGCGUACAUCGGCGCCCUGUUCCUGAACUCAAAGGGCGGAUGCCAGACCUGGUUGAGCCACCUGGCAACCUCUCACGACGUCGACGUACCGGACUUGAAGGACAAAAUCACAUGGGAGGAACUGACACGGCUGUGGAAGAAGCGAUUCAUCUUCGACGACGCGCCGACACUCGCCAUCAACCGUUUGUUCACCAUGUCACAAGGCAACACUGCAACACGGGAUUGGCUCACGGAGUGGCAGAAGAUUGCGGCAGUGCCCAAUCUGGACUUGCCAUUCACGCAUCUACGCCGUGAGUUCUACAACAGGUCCUGUGCUGCAUUGAGCCAGGCUCUUGGUGAUCGCGAGCAGUACUCAACCUUCGCUGAGAUCAUUGACAAGGCAAGGGAAAUCAUCAAGACCAACUGGUCAGCUGCACACGAGAAGUCAACAUGGCAGUCGACCUAUGUGGAGAAGGUACGAACUAGUCCGCGACAGCAGCACUUCGCUGCAGUCCAGUCGGGCAGUGGAGAUAACCCAGCAGCCACUCCAGCAUCAAGUGACGGAGAUCAGGUGGCUGCUGUCCAGCCGCGAAGCAACAACAAGUCCCGCAAUAAUGGGAAGGCGAAAUCCGCAUCGCAGGCCGGGAAUGGACAGCCAGUACAAGUUCCACGGGUCAAGUUCGGCUUGACCGAGGCGGAGUACAAGGUCCGCAGCCGCUACGGCAGCUGCUAUUGGUGCAACAGCACCAAGCACAAGACCUCCCUGUGCCAAGAUCAGGGCAAGGAGGAUGUGCGACCCCGCCUCAACUCGGGAAACUUAGUUCCGCGGAAGAUCGGAGAGGCGACCUGCAACGCCUUGAUCGAUUGCGGAGUAUCUCGCAACUACAUCAUCCAGGACUUCAUGGUGCGCGCCGGCCUUGGCCCACGCGUUCGGAGGAGGUCCCAGCCUACGCAAGUCACGUUGGCGGACGGUCACACGCACAAGUCCAUUGACCGGUGCAUUGACAACGUCCCAGUGUACUUUGCCCCUCACGCAAGUGAGGCGGUGUCCUUUGACAUUCUGGACACCAAAUUUGACAUGAUCUUGGGCAUGUCAUGGCUGCGAAGCGAGGAUCACCUGGUGAACUUCUUCCACCGCACCGUUCACAUUCGYGAUCGGAACGRAGUACUAGUUCCAUGCAYGGUGCCUCUUCCUYAUCCUUCGAUCARCUGCCACRUGGUAUCYGCCGCAAGCAUGCGASYUUCCAUCAUCAGAGACGACAUCGAGGAGAUGGGGGKGUGUUUUCUCCACGCCCUCCYGCCCCAUGACGCUUCAUCGACGGACUCACCUUCGGAUCCACGCAUCACCGAGCUUCUCGACGCCUACAGCGAUGUGUUCGAAGGCCCGCACGGAGUAGUACCGGAUCGACCCAUCCGCCACGAGAUCAUCCUCGAGGACGGGGCCRUACCUCCGCGCGGUUGCAUCUACCGAAUGAGCGAGGAAGAGUUAAGUGUGCUUYGGGCACAACUCGACGACCUUCUGGAGAAAGGCUGGAUUCGGCCUAGCUCAUCGCCAUACGGUGCUCCUGUUCUCUUAGUCCGGAAGAAGAACAAGGAUUUGCGGUUGUGCAUCGAUUAUCGCAAGCUCAACGCGCAGACGAUCAGAAACGCCAGCCCUCUCUCACGCAUCGACGAUCUUCUCGAGCGACUGGGCGGCGCCAAGUUCUUCUCCAAGCUCGAUCUCAAGUCGGGAUGUCACCAACUCGAGAUUCGCAAGGAGGACCGUUACAAGACCGCGUUUAAGACGCGAUAUGGGCAUAUCAAAUGGCUGGUUAUGCCAUUUGGCCUCACGAAUGCCCCGACCACUUUCCAAGCGGCUAUGACAACGGAAUUCCGACACAUGCUGGAUCGAUACGUACUUAUGUACCUCGACGACAUCCUUGUGUACAGCCGGAGUUUGGAGGAGCAUGUGGAACACAUGCGCACCGUUUUGGAGCGACUACGACAAGCCAAGUACAAGGCCAACCGCGACAAGUGCGAAUUCGCACGACAGGAGCUGGAGUACUUGGGACAUUAUGUGACGCCGCAAGGCAUCCGUCCGCUCGCGGACAAGAUCGAGGCCCUACGAGUAUGGCCCGAGCCCACCAACACCACGGACGUUCGUUCAUUCAUGGGAUUGGCGGGCUACUAUCAGCGAUUCAUCACCGGAUACUCCGGGAUUGCUGCACCUAUGACGAGGUUACAGUCGCCAAAGGUGCCAUUCGUAUUCGAUGACGACGCACGCUGGUCAUUCCAAGCACUUAAGACGGCUAUGCUCAUGGCACUCGUCCUUAGCAUCUAUGACCCCACCUUGCCGACGAGAGUGACUACGGACGCUUCCGACUAUGGCAUUGGGGCAGUCUUGGAACAACACGACGGCUACGACUGGCACCCUGUGGAGUAUUUCAGCCACAAAGUGCCUCCCAUCAACUCGCUUGAUGAUGCAAGGAAGAAGGAGCUGCUCGCAUUUGUCAUGGCUCUCAAGCGAUGGCGGCACUUCCUCCUUGGGCGUCGUAGGUUCACAUGGGUUACGGACAACAAUCCAUUGACCUACUACAAGACGCAGGAUACGGUGAGCAGCACGAUCGGACGAUGGAUGUACUUCAUCGACCAGUUUGACUUCACACCGAAACAUCUUCCCGGCCUCUCAAAUCGCGCAGCAUAUGCACUCUCGCGAAGACCUGAUCUUUGCGUUAUGACACAUCAUGCCUUCACAUUCAACGAGGAGUUUCAGCGACACUUCAUCCGGACAUACGAGUCUGAUCCGGACUUCGCCACGCUGUAUGCACAGCUAUCUUCGGAUCACCUGCCGGCCAGCCACUAUCGCAUUGCCGACGGGUACUUGCUCCUCCACUUGAGAGGCAAGGACUUACUAUGUGUCCCACGUGACCGCCGUCUUCGGACUCGCCUCCUCGGCAAGUAUCAUGAUUCGCGACUCGCCGGCCAUUUCGGAGUCAACCGCACUAUUGCACGGCUUCGACAACGAUUUCGAUGGCCCGAUCUCAUUACCGACGUCACUCGGUAUUGCGACUCUUGCCAAGUUUGCCGACGCAGCAAGCCCCGCAACCGCAAUCCCAUAUGGAGUCGCCCGGGAAACCUCUUCCAUGCCCACCAAACCAAUCAAUCAUCUUCUAUCUUGCCUGCACAGGAGAUGGCGCCGCACUCCAAUAUCGUAACCACCAUCCCUUACUCCUUUGCUGUGCACUCCAACCCACCACCACUCAUCGGGAGCUCACGCUUCUACCCAGCACGUCGUCACCAUGCGAAAGAGCGACAAUCCGGCUCGGCGCGCCAGGUCGGGCCGGGCGCAGCGCUCCCAGUAGCGUCGCUAACCCCAGCAUGAGCCUAAUAUCCUCUGCUCCCUCGUAUAAUCUCAGCCAGUACUAG